AUGGCUAAAGAGCGACCUCAAAAACAAUGGAUCAUGAACGCGUUCGCGAUGUUCACUCCUGGACAUCUUGCCCCGGGCCAAUGGAAACACCCCGAAGACCGAGCAGGUGAUUAUACUGAUUUGACAUACUGGACGGAUCUAGCAAAGACACUUGAAGCUGGAAAGUUCCAUGGCCUUUUUCUGGCUGAUCAUCUAGGCAUCUAUGAUGUAUAUAAAGGCCCUGGUAACAGCGCACCAGCACUGGAAUCUGGCGCACAAUUCCCCCUUGGGGAUCCAUUCCUGCUUAUUUCUGCAAUGGCAGCAGCAACAAAGUCAUUGUCAUUUGCCAUUACUGCUUCAACAACGUAUGAAAAUCCGUAUGCGACUGCAAGAAGAUUCUCCACUCUCGAUCACUUGACCAAUGGACGCGUUGGAUGGAAUGUUGUGACCUCCUAUCUGGAGAGUGCAGCGAAAGCUUUUGGACUGAGUGAGCAGAUACCGCACGAUGAGCGCUAUGCGAGAGCGGAUGAGUAUCUGGAAGUAGUCUAUAAGCUACUCGAGGGAAGCUGGAAAGAUGAUUCGCGCGUCAAGGAUGCGGUUUCGGAAAAGUAUAGCAAAUACUUCAAGUGCACAGCAACUCACCAACUCCACCCUUCCGUUCAGCGCACACCAUUCAUCCUUCAAGCUGGUGCAUCUCCUGCAGGAAAGAACUUUGCCGCUAAGCAUUCAGAAGCCAUGUUCCUUCCCGGCUUGGAACCGGAGAAGGUUCGAAAAGAGGUGGACCAGAUCCGCUCCCAAGUCGUCGGCUGUGGCAGGGCACACGACAGCAUCAAGUUCCUGGCUGGCAUGCUCGUGAUCGUAGAUGAGACGGAUGAGAAAGCCCAGGCAAAGUAUCAAAAUCUGCUUCAAUAUGCUGACCUCGAAGGGGCUGCAGCGCUCUUCGGAGGCUGGACAAAUCAUGACUUAUCCAAGUAUGGCGAGGAUGAAGAUUUCAAAUUCACCGGCAGUGGUGCAAUCCAAUCCAUGGUGAAUACGUGGUCAGCGACUAUACCAGGCACUGAUGGCGUGAAGUGGACUCGUCGACGGGUUCUACAAGAACUUGCAAUUGGAGGAGCGCACCCAAGAGCAAUCGGGUCUCCUCAGACUGUAGCUGACAUACUGCAAAAGUGGAUUGAUGUUGCUGGCGUCGAUGGUUUCAAUCUUUCGUAUGCCAUAUCUCCUGGUGGCUUCGAAGAUAUGAUUCAAUACCUGUGGCCCGAGCUUAGAAAAAGAGGUGUAUUUUGGGACGGCUAUGAAAAGGUGGGUGGGUCUAUGAGGGAAUCCUAUCUGGGAGACGGAAAAGGGCCAAGACUGCGCGACGCACAUCCUGGUGUGAAUUAUAAAUGGGUAGAUUAG